GGAAAAAAAGAUUAAUAUAUUUAUUUUAUACUCAUUUUUUCUUAAAAAGUAACAAAAAAAAGUAAAAGCAACAGACUUAAGCAUUAGAUGCUCUCUUAUGGCAAAUACCCGGGAGGGAAUAUUUAUGUACCUAUAUUCCCUUCCAAAUACAUCCAUGAAAUGCGCUCCCCCUUCCCUUCCCCCUACCCAUUCCCCUCCCUUCCCUCUCUUUUCAUUUAUUUUCCUUUCUCUCUUUCUCUCAAUACUCUCGACAUUCUUUUUUGUUUUCUUGGCCAAGCUUUGGCCAAAUUCUAAAAACACCCUCACAUUUUCUUCUUUCCAAUCGAUUUGAGAUGGCUUUUUUGUGU